AUGGCCCCGUCGCCGCCCUUCAGCGGCCCCGUCGCCGCCCUUCAGCGGCCCCGUCGCCGCCCUUCAGCGGCCCUGUCGCCGCUCCUUAGCGGCAGCGACGCUGCCCUUCACGGCCCCGCCGAGCCGCCUUCGCUGCCGAGCCGCCGACCUGCCAAGCCGCCGAGCCGCCGAGCCACCGAGCCGCUGAGCCGCCGAGCCGCCUGUGCUGCCGAGCCGCCGAGCCGCCUUUACCGCCGAGCCGCUGAGCUGCACUGCAGCCGAGGUGCCGCCGCCUGUCUACCUGCCCUGGACCGCCUCACUUGCCUGUGCGAUAGGGCAGACGAUCUCUCCCUGUUUGACCUCACUUCUGGUGCCUCUCCUACCCCUGCUGCUGAUGCUGACGCCACUGUUUGCUCACAUUGGGCCACGCGCGAUGCUGCUGCUCGCCUUGCUGUGCGCCGCCACUUACCGGCCACUGAGCGUGCACACUUUAGCCAGUACAAGACUGCUCAGACCUUGUACGACGCUGUAGCUGCAGGCUACUCUUCCCCUCCCACUGCUGCACUGAGCCGCCUCAUGCUACCGUACCUCUUCCCUGACCUUGCUGCCUUUCCCACAGUCGCUGACCUCAUUACGCACCUCCGCACUAGUGACACUCGCUACCGCGCUGCGCUUCCUACUGAGGACCACUUCCUAUCAGUUUGCCCCACUGCUCUCACUGUUGACCUCCUCGAGAAGGCCCUCCUAGCAGCAAAGAAGAGCAUAGUCGCUGUAGGAGCCUCUCGUGGUGACCCUCGCACCCCCGUCUUUGAGGGGUGUUCUCCCUCCCCCCUUCUGCCCUCUGUUGCCUCUGCUGCUGCGGCCGACCUCGUUGGUUUCGAGUCGGUCGGCGAAGCGUCUGCCCCGAGCGGGAGAUGCCGCACCGGUAAGGGCAAGGGGGGCAAGGGCACUGGAGGGGAUGGCGGGGGCGGUGGAGGUGGUGGUGGAGGCAGAGGAGGAAGUGGGGGUGGUGGUGGGAGUGGUGCCGGGGGUGGCGGCGGCGGCGGCAGCAGUGGAGGUGGAGGAGGCGGUGGUGGUGGCGGAGGGAGCGGAGGCGGCGGAGGUGGCGGAGGAGGCGGAGGUGGAAGAGGCGGCGGAGGCGGAGGCGGCGGCGGCGGUGGUGGAGCGGGUCGCGACUCUGCGCAAAGGAGUGGCUCAGGUGGUGGUGUGCGCCAGCAGCAGCGGAGUGGUGUGACCUUGUCCCCUCAGCAGCUUCAUGAGUGGUACAGUGCGCGUCAGUGCGGUGGGGGUUUUGGUAUAGGGCCCCGCGUCGGCCCCGCUACGGCCCUGUCGGCUCCGCUACGGCCCCUCUUAGGCCCCUGCUACGGCCCCGUCCCGUCGCCACCGCGGCACCGCUCACCCUUGUGGCCGGCCGCCAUUUGCGACCCCGCCGCCCAGCGCACGCAGCGCCGAGCAGCUGAGCCGCCCGACCGACCGAGCCGCCAGACAGCCGAGCCGCCUAGCAGCCGAGCCGCCCAGCAACCGAGCCGCCAGGAAGCCGAGCCGCCGGACAGCCGAGCCGCCGGACAGGUAGUGGACUUUGAGGUCUGGGUAGAUGAUCUACAGCUUUUUCUGCAGUGCGAUAGGGCAGACGGCCUCUCCCUGUUUGACCUCACUUCUGGUGCCUCCCCUGCCCUUGCUGCUGAUGCUGACGCCACUGUUCGCUCACAGUGGGCCACACGUGAUGCUGCUGCUCGCCUUGCGGUUCGUCGCCACUUACCGACCACUGAGCGUGCACAAUAUAGCCAGUACAAGAGUGCUCAGACCUUGUACGACGCUGUAGUUGCACGCCACUCUUCCCCUGCCACUGCUGCACUGAGCCGCCUCAUGCUACCGUACCUCUUCCCUGACCUUGCUGCCUUUCCCACUGUCGCUGACCUCAUUACGCACCUCCGCACUCUUAACACUCGCUACCGCGCUGCGCUUCCUGCUGAGUUCUGCGCCAAGAAUCCCCCCCCCAUGUACAUCACCCUUUACUACAUAGUCACCCGACUCCCUGACUCUCUUCGCGUAGUCAAAGACCACUUCCUCUCAGUUUGCCCGACCACUCUCACUGUUGACCUCCUCAAGAAGGCCCUCCUAGCGAUAGAGAAGAGCAUAGUCACUGUAGGAGCCUCUCGUGGUGACCCUCGCACCCCCGUCUUUGAGGGGUGUUCUCCCUCCCACCUCUUGCCCUCUGUUGCCUCUGCUGCUGCGGCCGACCUCGUUGGUUUCGAGUCGGUCGGCGUUGCGUCUGCCCUGAGCGGGAGACGCCGCAUUGACAAGGGUAGGCGGGGCAAGGGCACUGGAGGGGGUGGAGGGGGCGGUCGAGGUGGUGGUGGAGGUGGUGGAGGGAGUGGGGGUAGUGGUGGGAGUGGUGCCGGGGGUGGUGGCAGCGGCGGCAGCAGUGGAGGCGGCGGAGGUAGUGGAGGAGGCGGCGGAGGCGGCGGAGGCGGCGGCGGAGGCGGAGGCGGCGGUGGUGGAGCGAGUCGCGACUCUGCGCCGAGGAGAGGCUCCGGUGGUGGUCAGCGCCAGCAGCACCAGUGGAGUGGUGUGACCAUGUCCCCUCAGCAGCUUCGUGAGUGGUACACUGCACGCCAGCGCGGUGGGGGUUUUGGUCCCUGCUCUUACGUUCUCCGUACCGGCGACCGCACUGGUGGGCAGUGCGAAGGUCCGCACUCCACCCAGCGCUGCUUUGGUCGCCUGACGGACGCGUGGCGUCGCCAGUUCCCUGAGGCGUCAGAGAUCCCCCGCUGGGGAGAUCUGGCUAAGGCCGGGGUUACUAUCUUUGAUCUUGACUUUGAUGCUUUUCUUGCUGCCAUGUAUGCUGUUGCUGAUAGUGUUGAGGGUGCCUGUUACCUGUGUGUACCGCAUGACCCGGGCAUUGAGGCUGCUGCGCUAGGUGCUGGUGAGGCUGCUGCUCUAGGUGCUAGUGCGUGUGCCGCCCCAGAUGCUGGUGAGUCUGCUCUCUCAGGUACUACUUCGGCCCAGGCCUUCCACACCUUCACUCUGGACUCGGCCCCCUCUGGCACCCUGUCUGGUCUGUACCUCCCCUCGUUCUCUACAAACUUGGUGAGUGGAGCGGACCUACGGGAUCGAGGGGUUGACCAGUUCACUCCUGCGAGUCAGCGAGUGACCCACUGCACGUGUGCUCGGACAGGCCGACACUUGGCCACGUUCACUCGUCAGCCAGGGUCGAGCCUGUACACCAUUAUUACAGAGUCUCCUCUUACUGCUGAGUCUGCCCAGGUAGUUGCAUCAAGUCAGGUGUUUGCCGCGGCGUCCAGGUCUGGUCUUGAGUCUGCCCCCUGCUCGUGUCGUCUGCUGUCCCACCAAACUCUCCUUUGGCACCACCGCCUUGGUCACCCCUCCUUGCCUCGUCUCCGAGGCAUGGCCUCCCGUGUCCUUGUCUCUGGACUUCCUCGGUCUCUCCCUCCCCUUCCUCCGGGGCCUGGCCCUACCUGCAUCCCCUCCGUCGAAAGAAGGAGCGGGACGCACCCGAGUCCAGAGUGA